CCCGGCCUAACGUCGGGCAAGACGGCUGGGUGUGCAGUGUCCUCGAACCCGCGAGAAAGCGAGCAGAUCCUUCGCGCCCCUGGGGACUCUGGCCCACGCCAUGGCGGAUUCCGACCGCUUCUCGGCCCCCGGCUGCUGGGCCGCCUGCACCAACUUCUGGCGCACCCGCAAGGGAAUUUUUCUGUUUGCUGAGAUUAUAUUGUGCCUGGUGAUUCUGAUCUGCUUCAUCGCUUCCACAUCGGCAUACUUCUCUCUGUCAGUGGUUGAGAUGAUCCUUGCUGCUGUCUUCUUUGUCAUCUACAUGUGUGAUCUGAACACCAGGAUAAACAUCAUCAACUGGCCUUGGAGUGAUUUCUUCAGAGCCCUUGUAGCGGCCAUCCUCUACCUGAUCAUCUCCAUCAUUGUCCUCGUUGAAAGAGGAAACAAUUCCAAAAUCGUCGCAGGGGUGAUGGGCCUAAUUGCUGCCUGCCUCUUUGGCUUUGAUGCCUAUUUCACCUUCCCCUUCAGGCAGCAAAGACAUACAGCAGCCCCUACUGACCCUGCAGAUGGCCCGGUGUAGGUGAACUCCCUUCAUUUCUCUCUGCAACCUGCAUAUAACACUUCCAUUGAAAUCACUGCUCCCCACCCCUACAAACACUCCUAGCCAACUCCCAGCCCCCUAUUGAGGUAAAAGUGCCUUUAUCGGGAGCAUUUGUCUUCCAGCCUGCCAAUCAACUCUCCUGGGUGUGGCCACCUUUAUGGGUGUGCCUAGGUUCCCCUUCUGAAGUAUCCAAAAGCAGACACCAGUUCUGCCAGGACUAUGCCCCCACCUAAGUCACAAAAUGAGGGAGAAGGGUGCCUCAGAUUUCAGACUCCAGGCCCCAGGAUGUGACCCACUCCAAAUAACCUCAGCGUGGAGGGUGGUUCUGUGGAGGGAUAAGUAUAAAUAAUAAACAGAUUGUUAGAAUAUA